CACUUUAUUACCUUUUAAAUUCCCAUUAAUUAUGUCAACCGCACCAAACUAUGAUAAAGUAGCGAUCGACGCUUCGGUUUUCGGUGUUUUGUUAAGUUAAAGAUACAUGUCUGUUUAAUUGUCAAACUGUGGUGGCAGCGCUUCAUUCGGACCCAGUGUCUCGCAUUGCACUCAAGUGUCAGUCCGCUAACCAACUAACUGUUAGCUGUUUUUUGCUUUUGUGACUUUCACUGCCCUUUAUGACUUUAAAACAUACCAGUUCACCCGGGAUAUAAUUAAAUAAGUUGUGAUGUGUGUUAGUUGUCAUCAUUGGAGCUGGUAGUAGCGCUUGUAUUACACAAUUUGGACGUGCUUUCGGCCUGUUGUUAACGCUAGCCACACCAGCUAGCCAUUAGUUUUUCGUGGAUACAAAAAGUUGAUUUCGGGUUUCUAACCAAUGAGAUUCAGCUAGACCAUGUUAUUGACAGCGUCCAGAGCGUUGCAUGCGUUAGAUACCGUUGACUGACGUGCUUAUAACCAAUUACUGAGGCGAAAAGGCGGUCUUGUUACGGGAAAAGGCAGGGCGAAGUGUGCACGUAUGUCGCCAGACGGUAAUGAAGGCAAACUUUUUUUCAAGCCAGUCGGCUAUGUCUGGAAGAAGGAACUAAAGUUUGCUGGACUUUGGGAUUUUAGCAGAGGUGGAAGAAGUACCAGAGUGUAGGAAUACUCAGUUACGAGUAGUAGGCUUGCAUUCAAAAUGUUACUUAGUUAUUGGCAUCAAAAUAUAUUUAUAAGUGCUCAUUAUGCAGAUUUUCUAUUUUUUGUUGUUGUUGAUUAUCAUUAAUGAUGCAUUCAUGGUUUUAUCAAAGCUGGUUAAGAUGCAUAUACUCUUAAUUACUUUGUUUACUGCAGGGAAGCUUGUGAAUUUUACUCCAGGUGUAAUUAAAAUCUUAUUUAAGUGUUGAUUAUACUUCACAUAAUUUAUUCAAAUCUGUAUCUAAAGGUAUUACAAACAUAUAGUGGAGUAAAUGUACACUAUAUACCUCUGAAUUGUAGUGGGGUAGAAGUACAAAGUAGAAGUCCCUCACAAUUGUACUUAAGUACAUUACUUGAGUAAAUGUACUUAGUUACUUAACACCCCUGGAUAUCACUUAGACACCGACCUCGUUUACAGGCCUGCAAACCUACGAAAAAUAUUUUCCUGUCUAUUUUCUUUAAUGUGAUGUGACUAUCAUCUGUGUCUGGGCAAUAAGAGACUCAAAUUCUAAGUCUCAAGUAAUAAUGAUAUCUAUAGUAUUGCAAUUUGAGCUGUUGAACGCCCCAGGAUCCGCAUCCCUGUGCAUGUCAACACCUUCAUUAGGAAUGUAGGUCAUGUUUUUGGCAGAGUUAUACCUCAUUCCAUCACAUAAAGCUACACCCGAGAAAUCAGCCAGUUUUUGUCCCACCAAACAUCUUGACCCGGUCUGAGUCAUGAUAUAUGGGAUUUUUGUCUGUAACUGAAAUUGUUGUCACAUUACACACAUAGUGAAUAAAUGUAGUUUUUUUAAAUACAAUUUUGAACAUGUAUGAUUUUAUGUAUACAUCUAAAUAUUUGAUUAAAAUGUAAGUCUUUUCUGUUGUAUUAUUUUUUAUUAAUUCAGUAUUUGACUGACCAUAAUAAAGAGUGUAAUAUUGCAAGGUAAUUGUCAGCCUCAGUGCGUUUGCAAGCUUUACUUGAGACACACAACAUCAAGUGACUUGUUUUUUCACUUUUCAAUUUGUUGUCUUCAUAGAGCCAAAACCUCACUGCAAGUAACCUUGGCACAGAGUUUUUGAUUUAAUUAUAGAGAACUGGCCAUGCCAUAUCCAUCCUGUAUUGUUUGCGAGCGCAACAUGGAUUUGGCUUCUAGGCCUGGUUAGUUAUGCACACAUGGAUAUAGGAUUUCAUUUGUUCCAUUUACCAAAUCUCAGGUUGCCUUUGCUUACAUAAAUACAUAUUGGCUGGUGCACCCGCCCAGCUACUGCACAGAUCCCCGGUCUCUAAAGCUCAUAGCACACAUUCACACUCCCUCACCUUUGAUCCAGCAAAUAUCCCUGAUCCUACAAUUGAUCCAUCGCUGACUGGCUUUCACUAUUUCACUCCCCCCCCCCAUCCCCCUGCUCUGUUACUUUUUUUCUUUUUGUGGGGUCUCCCCUACCCUCUGGCAAUUCAAGCCUCAGAUUCCACAGUCAUGGCUGCAGCGCGAGCUAUUAAUACAGUUUGUUUAGCCAGUUUCCUAGCAGGCUGCAUCAAACACUGGAUGGCUGCGGCUGAUUAUAGCUGGGACUCGUUCCCCUACACCUGCUGAGUCGGAGAAAUCCAAGUUAACGGUGGGAGUCUGGCAGCAACUCAUUGAGAGCGACAGGAAUUUGGGAACUUUGACUGCUUCCAUGUCACCUUGACUGAAAGGAGGCGAAAAUAGGUGGACUUGAUACAUUACAUGCCUGUAAUGAAUAUCAGUGAUGUGCUUCAGACUGAUUUACUGAUCUCGCUGUUGAGAUCUGGCAUUUCACUUUGCGCAGUUAAACUUUACACUGUCAAUUCCUUCAUUAUAUUAUAUUUAUUCUCAGUAAAUGGCCUCUGACAGACAAGGUAAUAAUUUACAGUUGAAUUACUUUCUGUGUUCAUGUUAAUUUAGCAGAGAGUUACAGACAGGGCCGCAGUAUUGGAAGCUUUCCUUCAACAAAGAUUGUCCGUCAUGAGGCAAGGCAAUAAAUGCUAAAGAAAAGCCCUCAACACAUCUGUUUUAAUCAGGUUAAGAUAUGGGUUGGGGCAGCUAAGAAAACAAAUGGUAUUUUCCACUCCUGUCAUCUGAAAUUUAUGGUGGACUUCCCACAAAAUCAAAUCCCACUUUUAAUGUUGGGGCCAGACAGCCAAGUUAUUGUCUAGCACGUCUUUAGUAAGAUGUAAACUCUGAAAUCUGUUCCCACUCCUCACGCCAGAUGUGUCCAUUUCCCCACACAGUCCACACCCUCGGUAUAACGAGCUAGACGAAGUAUCUCGUUUGCAUACACAUCUCUGCCCAAAUAGACUCAGCGGAUUGGAAGCACUUUGUGAGGGCCUCUGGCACCAACCUGUUGCCUUUCUCCAGAGCAUGGGAGGUCUGCAAGAAAUCAGACUGCUCUGCUUUAUCGGCCCUUUGAUCUGCACAGAGAGGGACAGGGCUUGCAAACACGAAGCAGACCCCUUCCCCUCCAUAAAGACACGGGGCUGAGAGACACAGUGGUUAGGCCUGUUACGGGCUCGGCGUCAUGGGAGAGCGUUGUAUUCCAGCGCAGGGCUUCAGUAAUCAUGUGUUGGCUCAGGGGCAGCUGUCCUCGGGAGAGAGAGAAAUGGAGGGAAGAAGGAGGAAAAUAUACUGACUUCAACACUGGGAAAACUUUCAGACAUUUAUGCCCGGCCAACAUAAUGAAUAAUGUGUCCCACUCAAUAAUGUUAGACUACACACUCUUACCGUGUAGUAGGUACAACGUAGGUCAACAUGGUCGCUAACUCGGUUAUAUAACAAUAAUAAACAUGUUUAGCUUACACUGCUUUCCAAAUUGUGGAAUAGAUGAACACAUUUAAUUGGAUAAUGCUCGGGCAGCAACUUAUUUUCAUUAUCAAUUCAUCUGCAGGUUGUGUGAGCCCGUUCUUUCUUGUAGGAAAAAUCAGGCUUUUUUAACUGAACAUAAAAGCAAGACAUGUUUUACCAGUCACUCAUAUGAGGAUAUUCAAAAUUAUCCCGAAAUAUAAACUCACCAAGAUCAUAAAGUUAUUGCAAGAUUUUGUUUCUGUGGAAACCUGCAGUGAAAGCAUUUCAUUGUCCCAUCCUCAGUGUUAAAUGAUCAAAGUCAUCCCUGAUCAGAACUGUGUUUCAGCACAAACCCUGUUGAGUGUGGCACUAGUCUGUGUAUUGAAAGGUGUUGGUUGCUGUAGCGUUAGCGCAGCGUUGUGUAAGAGUCGCCUGCCAGACGUCACUCUUGGCCCGUUGGGAGGGCUGAAACAUUAAUGUCCUUCCCAUCCCUAAAACCAAACAUCCAAUUCCCUGAUUGAAAUGCUAGUUAUUCUUCUAAACGUCACAGUUUGUCUUCACAUGGAGUGGUAUUCAGCUGUGUUCGUAAGGGCGGGGGGGGGUCCUGCUCUGUGGAAACAGCUGAUAGAAGCAGCAAACCUCCCACAGCUUUAGUUUAUGUCACUUCAGCUUCAGACACAACAGGAGGAGAAACCAAACUUAAGCAUGUGCACAUUUAACGCUUGACAAUAGCAUUAAGCAGGAAGAGAGGGGGGUAGCACGUCUUAACACGUAUAUGCUCAUGACUGUUUCAACGGUCCUUAUUGAGUGCUGCACUAGUCAGUUUGUAUAUGGAAUGGAUUUAAAUGGCAUUCAAUACAAUCUUUCAUAUUAUGUUUCACAGCACUUGGCUAGAAAAUGAAAAUAAGAUAUAUUAUCGACUGAAAUGUUGUCUCAUUGCAGUUUUCAAUGAAUUAACUGUUUAUCCGGUACACCUCUAAAGAAAAUAACUUUGUUUUUUUAUUUUAAUUAAUCCCAGCAGCCAGCUCGUACAGGUACACGUGUGAGAUGAUUUAUAAUUAUAUUUAUAUUUUAUUCUAUAUUUUUUAAUAGUUUAAAGGUUUUCUUUCCCUUUUUUUCCAGAGACUGUUACCUGCCCAUGUUAACACUGUCGUAUCAAAGCCAUAACAGUAAUAGUGACAUUACAUCGUAGGUAUGAAUAUAUUGAAGGUUGUCGGUAUUAUUUCAGUAAUUUUUGGUCACUCACAUCUCAAUACAGGCAAAAGCAGGUUUGUCAGAUUCAACCCAAACAACAAACGUGCUGAUGUGCCCGUUUCCAGAUAUUCGUGCAAAUGAGAGUUCACCGAAAGUUGAGGGAAGUGACCAAAGCCGAGAUGUGUGUGUGCGUGAGAGAAACAGCUGAUUCAGAGCGAGAUUGAACGAGGGGUGCAGAAGGUUGGGAGGUGCUAGAGAGGUGAGCAGAGGGAGUGGUAAUGGGAGAAGGAGGGAUUGGCAGGGAAGGAAAAUGAGACAGAAGGAGAGGGAGAUGUCUUCGUGUAAACAGUAGCCGUCGCUCUCUCGUGUAAAGCGGCUCCUCCUUCACAGACCAGAAGCCCCCCUGUGUGAAGGAAGUAUCACCAGGGAAACUUGCUGCCUCUGUGCUUGUUUUCCUCCUUUGCCAGGGUUAUUUUUAAAUUAGCAUUCGGCUUCCUGCUCAGACUAAAGACUACAAGCCACAGCAUCCCAUUCUGUUGUUUUUCUGGAUUUGCUGCUUCACAAAUCAAGGGAAAAAAGCAGCAGCAAUGUUCUCCUCUUCUCCUCUUCCACAGUUACAUUGCAAGCUCUUUGCAAAAAUGGGGGACGACCGACCUUUUGUGUGCAAUGCUCACGGCUGUGGACAGAGGUUUACCAAUGAGGACCACUUGGCUGUACACAAACAUAAGCAUGAGAUGACUCUGAAAUUUGGACCAACCAGGACUGACUCUGUAAUUAUCGCAGACCAGACACCGACUCCCACCCGCUUCCUAAAGAACUGUGAGGAGGUCGGUCUGUUCAACGAGCUGGCCAACUCUUUCGAUCACGACGAUGAUGAAAAGAGAACAAAGAACUCUCUCCCUGCUCCUAACUCUGGGGCUGUGGACAUGAGCAUGCAGGCCUCAUCAGAGGUGAAGGUGAAAGAAGAGGAGCCUGUAGAGGUGGACUCCUCGCCACCGAGCAGCCCCGACUCUUUCUCUGAUGACUCAGACUACAGCAGAGAGACUCAGGACACACCACCCAGGAGUUCAGCCCCCACCCCGACUAUUGUGCGUCCAGGCUCCCUCCCACUACACCUGGGCUUUGAUGGCCUUCAUCCCACCAUGCCGUCUCCCACCUCUGUCAUCACACAAACACCGCCCUCCAAUCGUACCCUGUGUUCGCCAACCAGCCACUACCCCAUGAUGAUGCUUCCCUCUGGUCAGGCCGUGCCUGUGCUCCCUGGUCCAGGACACAUGCAUUCUGUCAUUAACCUGGCCCGACCCAUGUGCAUGGUACCCAACAUUCCUGGGAUCCCCGGCCCUCCUCUGGGAGGCAGCAGCAGCGGCUCUAACUCCCCCUCUGGCUACAGCAUCCACUCAGAGGCCAAAAUGCGUCUGAAGGCUGCACUGUCACAGAGUCCCUUAGGAUACAGCAUGGGGAGCAUGUCCAUGGGCGGCAGCCCUAUGGCACCUCAGAGGGCGGAGCACAGCCAGCUGCUCGUCCAACAUCCAGAUGCUCCAUCCCCUGCACAACCUCAGGUAUCUCCAGCGCAGCCUACAGGUGGGCGUCGGCGGAGGACGGCAGAGGACGACCCCGAUGAGCGAAGGCAGCGCUUCCUCGAGAGGAAUCGGGCCGCCGCAUCGCGCUGCAGACAGAAACGCAAAAUGUGGGUCAGCUCCCUGGAGAAGAAGGCAGAGGAGCUCUGCAACAUGAACGUCUCGCUCUCGAACGAAGUGUCCAUGUUGCGGAACGAGGUGGCGCACUUGAAGCAGCUGCUGCUGGCCCACAAAGACUGUCCUGUGACGAAUUUACAGAAGAAGACUGCCUACCUAGUAGAAGAGAGCAUGAAAGACAGCUCAGAGCCGACGGGUUCCCCUGCCCCGGUGAUCCAGCACAGCUCUCUGGCGCACAGCCCCUCCGUAGGGCACAACGGCCUGAGCUCCAGGGCAGCAGCGGAGGCCAUGGCCAUGUCUGUGCUGGCAGGGAUGGGCCAGCACCAGAGGUCUGAGAGCGGACCCUCUCACAUUAUCAUGGCUGCACAGUCUCAAUCGGCUGCCAGAUGAUGAGCGAUGCUGCCACAGCCCAGACUUGGCUCACACUCGUCACCCAGGGGUAGGAAAGAGCAGCGGACCCCCCCUACCAACUUUCCCCGAAGUCCAAGUUUCUCAUCUUCCCCUCGGCUGCCUCCUCCGCUCUCUGACCCUCCUGUGGAGCCCUCUUGCUGCGGCCUGGAGCUCAGCAACAGCCUUCUGGGAAUGGACUGAGACUUUUUGAGAGAGCUUCCUGUUCCUUUUGCCAUAGACUACAGGGGCUGGACUCCAAACUCCCAUCCUCGUCUCCCCCUCUGUGCUUCCCCCCUCGUCUCUCCUCCCCUCAGUUAGAAUGACUGUUCACUGGACUGUAGGACUGCAUCGCUCUGAGUGUACUGUUGUAAUGAACUUUCCACACUGACACAGAUUCUAACACACAGGUGUUGCACAAACCUUGUCGAUCAAAUCAGAUACCAAACAACACGCAGGGCUUCACACUGUUUUCAGCAGGGAAUUGUGCCUUGUGCCUCACACACACCCACACACGCCAUUACAGCACUCAUCCUCCAAAGAUGCAGUAGUUGUCUAGACGUCAGUGACUCAGAUCUCAAGUUAAACCUUUUGUAUACGGUUCCACCUGAAGGUGAUCUCAACACGGACCCAAAAACCUUACCUCAAUUACUCCCCUUUAUUAUAAAAUUAAUUAACUGUGUGCGUGAUUAGCUCUGUGCGUAUAUAUUUAUGUACUUAGCAGUUUGCCUACUCCUGAUCUGAUUCGUUAAUAGCUGGAUUGUUAGCAUGUGACUUUUUUCUAUUAGAGUGUUAUGUUCUUGAUACAGCCAUGUGCAGCUAUAUUUUUUAAACCAAUUGGCACAUCCUCCCAGAAAAGUCCAAAAUAUGUUGGAUUGAAAGUGUAUGAUCUUUAAAUUAGUUUUUGUUCUAACCUGAAGGGAAAAAGCCCCUGCUACUCCGUUCCUCUUCAACAGUUUUUCUGGGUACUGGUUUUCUAAGUGGAUGCCUUUUCCAUUUGAUAUGAGAUAUUCUAGUGGCUGUGUUUCUCUGUGUGUGGGCCCUGGACUUACUGUAACUGUUAUUUUCACACUUCUCAGGAUGGUUGCACAUCCUUGCUGCUCGUUGGAAGUGCGAUGAACCCCUUAAUCCCUCUGCGCUUUACCAAACCUAAAACCAAGCCAUAAUGACUACAAAUCCGAUGUCUGAAUCUCCAAAGACCACCCUGUGUACGUUUUUUUGGGGCAGGAAGUAAAUAGCCUGACUGUUAUUUUGUGAUUCACAGUGACACACUCUACAGUAUAGCACUGCCUUUUACUUGCACUUACACUCUCACACAAAAUGUCUGAAUGCCUUAAAACCACAUUGGUGCCUCCCAUAUCCCCCCCCCAAAAAACAGAUUUGCUCCUGAGCCAUAAAAAAUCUUCUUAACUUCAUCAAAUAAAAAAGAAAUAAUGAGGAACCAAAAAACAUUAUUCUAUUAUUAAAAAAAAGAUUCUUUAAAGCCUGUAAAAUGAGUGUCAACUCUCUGCCAGUGACACAAAUGAUCCAGUACUUUUCUGUCAUCUGGUGGAGAGACACCGCUACCACAUCGUCGCUGGGAAAAGCUCCGAGGGAGGAAAACCUUUGAAUACCUUGUGACUGAACAGCUUCAUUUCUUUAGAAAUCCCACUAAGAUAUAUUUUACAUAAACUCCUAAACAAGCAGUUCUCUUUUCAUGUUGUCUUCCUGCAUAUUGUUCUCGGCUCAUUUAUCUGACAUGAUCAAUCAUAUAUUUUCAAGAUGUGAUGUUUUAAAAACCUGUCCAUCAAAAAUAAGGGCAUGUCUUUAUGCACUAAGAUUGUUGUUUCCUUGUUUUUCUACUCAUUUAAAAGUCUCUUUUCCAGAGAUAUCAGCUUUUAAGAAUCCUCUCUCUGUACUAUACACGUUAAUGGGAAUUUGCUCAGCAACUUUAAACGUUUUUCAACCUUUGACUGAACCUCUUAUCCUACAGUCCCAAUGGCGACCCCGGCAUUUUGUUGUACUUCAGAGCUGGCGCUAUAUUUGGCUGGCAGUCGCUUAUAGACGAUUGUUCGUAUGAAAUGAAAAGUCAAACUAUAUUUAGCUUUCAUGUUUUCAUAUAAUUCAUGUCAUUGGCACCUUUUCUGUCAGUUUUUCGUUUUCUUUUGUGUGCUUUUGUAAGCACAAUACAACCGUUGUCAUUAGGCCUCUGAUUGUACUGAUGAAUAUAGAAACAAAUUUCCUUAACACACAUUUAUUUUUUGUUUGAUAAAUGUCAGUCCUUUUGCAAAAAGCGAUUUUGAUCCUCUUUGUUAUAUCUUAAAAGAUAAAUUUGGUCGUGUCUUUUUAACUUAUUUUUCUAAUUGGUCAUCUAACAAACAUCAUUACAGUCUCUGGCAUAUUAAAGUUACCUGGAAUUGUUGUGAAAAGAGCAAUUUAAUUAAAGAUGCAACAAUGUGAAAGUUGCACAUAGCAUAUUCAUGGUUUUUCACACUCCCGUUGUUGGACUGAUGAUUUCAAAAAUUGUCCUUGUACAUAUCUGUACUAUAUGAAUAUAUUUACUUUUCCAUGCAUGUCCAAGUGGAAUACUAUGAACACUUACAGUGCUGCAGUUUUAAUUAAAGAAACUACAUGUUAAUGAACAGUUA